AUGGCGCCAAACGUCCUCUGCCUCCCGGGGAAUGUUUCCGCAUUUCGCGUGACUCUCGCCCUCCUCCUCCUCGUUUCCCUUCUUCUGCACCCAAUCAGCGCCGGCCACGACUACCACGACGCCCUCCGCAAGAGCAUCCUAUUCUUCGAAGGCCAACGCUCCGGAAAGCUCCCCCCAGAUCAACGAUUGAAAUGGCGCCGCGACUCCGCAUUGCACGACGGAUCCACCGCCGGAGUGGACUUAACGGGCGGGUACUACGACGCCGGCGACAACAUUAAGUUCGGGUUCCCGAUGGCCUUCACGACGACGUUGCUUGCUUGGAGCGUCAUAGACUUCGGUCGAACCAUGGGCCCGGAGCUGAAGAACACGGUUCGGGCCGUGAAGUGGGGCACCGACUAUCUCCUCAAGGCGACGGCGGUGCCCGACGUCGUUUUCGUCCAGGUCGGGGAUCCGUACUCUGACCACAACUGCUGGGAGAGGCCCGAGGACAUGGACACGUCUCGCGCGGUGUACAAGAUCGAUAAGAACCAUCCGGGAUCUGACGUGGCAGGUGAAACGGCCGCUGCACUUGCCGCUGCGUCCAUCGUGUUCAGGUCACGUGACCCCGCCUACUCUAGAUUGCUCCUCAAUCGAGCCGUUAGGGUGUUCGAGUUCGCUGACAGGCACCGGGGUGCGUACAGCGCCAGCCUGCGCUCUGCCGUUUGCCCUUUUUACUGCGACGUGAACGGUUUCCAGGACGAGUUGCUUUGGGGAGCAGCGUGGUUGCACAAGGCAUCGAGGAGGCGCGUUUACCGAGAAUACAUAGUGAAGAACGAGGUGGUGUUGAGGGCAGGGGAUACUAUUAACGAGUUUGGUUGGGAUAACAAGCAUGCUGGGAUUAACAUCCUCAUUUCCAAGGAAGUGCUGAUGGGAAAAGCAGAUUAUUUCCAAUCUUUCAAGCAAAAUGCUGAUGAGUUUAUAUGUUCCAUAUUGCCCGGACUUUCUCAUCCUCAAGUCCAAUAUUCUCCAGGUGGGUUGAUCUUCAAACCUGGAGGCAGUAACAUGCAGCAUGUAACCUCACUUUCGUUCCUACUUUUGGCUUAUUCCAACUAUCUAAGCCAUGCCAACAAAGCCGUGCCCUGUGGCCAGACUUCAGCCUCCCCUGCUUUCCUCAAACUGUUGGCUAAACGUCAGGUGGACUACAUACUUGGUGAUAAUCCAUUGAUGAUGUCGUACAUGGUUGGAUACGGUGCACGCUACCCGCAGAGGAUACACCACCGGGGCAGCUCACUGCCAUCGGUUCAGGUCCACCCGGCCCACAUUGGUUGCAAAGCCGGCUCUCGAUAUUUCUUGAGUCCAAAUCCGAACCCGAAUUUGCUGGUGGGAGCGGUGGUGGGGGGUCCCAAUAGCUCAGAUGCGUUCCCAGACUCGAGGCCCUUCUUCCAAGAAUCAGAGCCCACAACGUACAUCAAUGCGCCGUUGAUCAUCCUCAUCAUCAUCAUGUACUCAUCAUCAAACCCAAAUGAUGGUUACCACAAGUACGCAUCAGAGCAGCUGCAUCAUCAGGGUGGGCCGCCCACGGGGAUCCCAGUGAGCUCGAGCACGGAGCCCUAUUUUAGCACCAGUCAAGAUCAAGACACCGACAGCCACAGCCACCACCCUUACAGCCACAGCCAAGUCCCUCCUCAUCUCCGCCCUAGAGCUCCCGUGCCUUGGUCCUCUGGCCUCUGUGACUGCUUCUCCGAUCCCAAAAACUGUUGCAUAACAUGUUGGUGUCCAUGCAUCACUUUUGGCCAAAUUGCAGAGAUUGUGGACAAGGGUUCUACGUCAUGUGGUGCCAGUGGAGCGUUGUACACGCUGAUAUCGUGCGUGACAGGUUGCCCUUGCUUCUACUCAUGCUUCUAUCGAUCCAAAAUGAGACAGCAAUACGCCUUGGAGGAGAGCCCUUGUAACGACUGCUUGCUUCACUGCUUCUGCGAGUUCUGCGCCCUCUGCCAAGAGUAUCGCCACCUCCAAUCUCGCGGUUUCGACAUGGCCAUCGGAUGGCAUGGAAAUAUCGAGGAAAGGAACCGGGAAGUGGCAAUGACCCCUGUGCCUCCGGUGGUGGAGCAAGGCAUGAGUCGCGAUAAAUGA